AUGGCAGACAAAUUCCCGGAGAUAAAUGAUGUUUCAGUUGAUGGCACUGAACAGCCAUCAGGAGACUUUUUGAGCCGAGAGAAGGCCGCUUUAGGAGAUGAAUUUGCAACGGAUGAGGACCAGAAGAUUGUGCAAGAGGCCGAAGAGGGAGAUGAUGACGAAUUUCAAGAUUUCAAAACACAGUUUCCAGCAGUGGACUCUCAGGCUUCAGAAACAGUAGCAGCAGACAAAGAAACCGAAAAGGGGGAAGCUGGCGAAUCAGAUUAUCUCAAUGAGGGCACAGCAGCAGUCACAAAGAAGUUUGAUUCGUUGAAUAUGGAAGAAAGUGAGCCAGUGAAGGAAUGGAAGCAAAAGAAGGAGGCAGAAAUUACAGAGAAGGAUGAAGCAGAUGCAAAGAAGCUCCAAGGUUUGAAGGAGGAUGCACAGAAAGCCACAGACGAGUUUUAUGAGAACUACAAUAACAAGAAGGACGUGUUAAUCGAGCAGACAAAGAAGGAGGAAAAGAAGUUCUUGGAGAAAAGAGACUCGUUUUUGGAAAAAGGAACGGUUUGGGACCAUGCAAUCGAGUUGUUGAAGUUGAACAAGAAUUCAAGCUCUGUGGAUGAUGAGAACCAGCGCGAUAAGACCCGGUUCAAGGAAAUUUUACUUUCUUUAAAAGGAAAAGAAACUGUUCCAGGUGCUCAGGGGAUUUCUGAAAACUAG